AGUGAUCACAAUGAACGCGGACAUUUCUCCAGCAAGGCUAAAGUUUAGUUUUCAAAAACCUUUUUUUUUUUGGCACCGAACUUUAACGUAGCCUACUCCGAUACAUUAUCCUAAAGUGACCGUGGUUGCUAAAUACUUGGACUAGCUAACUGCUUGGUUUUGACCAGUGCGGUGAUGAAGCAAGAAGCGGUGUCGCAACACCAGGCGCAAGACGGGGCAGAUGGUGCACCGGGGGGAGAGCCGCUCUGUUGUAACAGCACAGAUGCUUGUUGUCAUGGAGGAGCGAAGAUGGCGGUCCUGGCCUAUAGCCUGGGCAAACGCGAAAUAAAUCAACAUUUUACCAUCAGAAAUGCCAAAUUGAUAUCGAUAGUAGUCGUCGUUGUACUGCUCGUGUUUCACACAGCUUCGCGGUACUAUGGAGGCGGAAACUCAUGUGAAUGGCUGCUGUCCAGAGGACGUUACUUGGGGGAGAACGUAUGGCAGCCGUAUGGGUGCAUGAUGCACAAAUACAAAAGCAUUGAAGCCAAAACUUGCCUUUCUGAAAAGCGAGUGGCCUUUGUCGGUGAUUCACGAAUCAGGCAGCUAUUUUACUCCUUCAUCAAAAUUAUUGACCCUGAACGAAGAGAGGAUGGAAACAAGCACGAGGACAUUCCCUUUCAAGAUGAGAGUUCCUCUGUUAAUGUGGACUUCCUGUGGCAUCCAGAGGCAAAUAAUUCAAUGAAGGAGCGCUUAACGUCAUGGACACACGAAGGUUCAACAAAGCCAGAUGUUGUCAUCCUUGGAGCUGCAACGUGGUCCAUCAAGUUGCGCGGUGGCAGCAGCGAGACACUGCUGCAGUACAAAACCAACCUGACAGCCAUUGCUGUGCACCUGGAGAAGCUGGCUGACCAUGGGGAGGUCUACUGGGUCCUGCAAGACCCAGUAAAUGAGGAGGUGUUGAGUGAGAACAGGAAGAUGAUCACCAACCAACAGCUGGAGCUGUACAAUGAAGCGGCUGUGGGCGUGCUCAACGGCAGCAAGCGUAACAGCAGGUCCCGGGUCAAGCUGUUGGCUGCGUCCCGCCAGGCUGCACUGGAAACCAUCACGCAGUCAGACGACGGGUUGCACCUGCCUGAGAGCACCAGGAAUGUGGGAGCCAUGAUCCUCAUGAACUCUGUGUGCAACAAGCUACUGAGGCCCAUUGAUGGCUCCUGCUGCCAGACGUUGCCCCCCCCAAACCACCUGCAGAAACUGUCAGCGUGUUUCUUCCUGGGCUCAGCCCUGGUCUUGCUGGUUCUCCAUGUCCUUGGCAACAACCGUCACCGCCGGCCUGUGCCCUCAGACGUGGAGAGCCUAGAGGAGAAGAAGCCAACAACGGCAGCUGCCCCCCUGGGUCCGAAGGCGCCGUUUCAGGCCCUUUGCAGGAUGGGCCUCAUCAUGAGCUAUUUUUACCUUUGUGACCGAGCAGAUGUGUUCAUGAAAGAGCAGAAGUUCUACACUCACUCCACGUUCUUCAUCCCUUUCAUCUAUAUAUUUGUCCUGGGAGUGUUCUACAAUGAGAACAGCAAGGAGACCAAAUUACUAAACCGAGAGCAAACGGACGAGUGGAAAGGCUGGAUGCAGUUGGUCAUCCUCAUCUAUCACAUAUCUGGAGCCAGCGCUUUCAUUCCAGUGUACAUGCAUGUGCGGGUGCUGGUGGCAGCGUACCUUUUUCAGACUGGCUAUGGACACUUCUCCUUUUUUUGGCUCAAAGGAGACUUUGGAUUGUAUAGAGUGUGCCAGGUGCUUUUUCGUCUAAACUUCCUGGUCUUGGUGCUCUGCAUGGUAAUGAACAGACCCUACCAGUUCUAUUACUUUGUCCCAUUGGUCACCUUCUGGUUUGUCGUCAUCUACGUAACGCUGGCCUUGUGGCCUCAGAUCCUUCAGAAGAAAGCUAACAGUAGUGGCUUGUGGCACUUUGGGGUCUUGGCCAAGUUACUGGGCCUCCUGCUGUUCAUCUGCAUCUUUGCCUUUUCACAGGCUUUCUUUGAGCGUAUCUUCUCUGUGUGGCCCAUCUCCAAACUCUUUGAGCUGGAUGGAAGCGUCCAUGAGUGGUGGUUCAGAUGGAAGCUAGACCGAUUUGCAGUGAUACACGGCAUGGUAUUUGCCUUCAUCUAUCUGGUGCUUCAGAAGUGCCAGGUGCUGUCUGAGGGCAAGGGAGAGGCUCUCUUCUCUGCCAAGAUUUCCAACCUGCUCCUCUUCCUCUCCGUUGUCUCCUUCAUAACAUACUCAGUAUGGGCCAGCAGCUGCAAAACCAAAACCGAGUGCAAUGAGAUGCAUCCUUACAUCUCUGUCGUCCAGAUUUUGGCCUUCAUUCUCAUCAGGAACAUUCCUGGCUAUGCCCGUUCUAUAUAUAGCUCAUUCUUUGCAUGGUUUGGAAAGAUCUCCUUAGAGCUGUUCAUAUGCCAGUACCACAUCUGGCUGGCAGCAGACACCAAGGGAAUUUUGGUCCUGAUCCCAGGAAGCCCUUCACUUAACAUCAUGGUUAGCACCUUCAUCUUUGUUUGUGUGGCUCAUGAGAUUUCCCUCAUCACCAAUGAUUUAGCCCAGGUGGUCAUCCCCAAAGACAGCGUGUCCCUGCUGAAGAGACUGGGGGCCGUUGGGCUUUUUAGUCUGGUUGUAUUGCUGCUGGCCAGUGGCAGCCAGCCCACACCCGGCGCCUAAUGGACACCUCUUGAUAGGACGUUGUGAUUGUCUAGGAGGGGGGGGAUUCACAGCAAACCCGCCAAGCUCCUGCUGAGGUUGAAGUGAGGUCCAGAUCUAAGCCAGGAGCAGGCCUGGUGUUUUAGCCUACUGGUGGCCACAGGAGGCGACCUCAGUGGGGUUAAGAGACAACACAGGGAGCUGUGGGAGAACAGUGUCUCUCUGCUGGCCAGGUUUGAGUCUUUACUUUUUGACUGUGAAAGUCGCACACUGAAUAAAAGAAAAAAUGCUCCCAAAAAAGCAGUUGCUCCUUUCAGGGCAAAUUGCAAAAGAGAAAAAAAAAGAACAAACGCUCAAACGUUUACAUUAUCUGGAUUCAAUAGAAAAGUAGAGGAGAGAUUUGGAAUUUAAUUUAAAAUGGAAAAAGGCCCUCUUUUUAAAACCUCCUGCUUGCUGUGUGAUUAUUUUUUUAUUGUUUUUUUUGUUCUUGUUUUUUACAGCAUUGCUACUAUUUAGCCAAACACACUAAGGAGUUUAUUUUGUCACAUACAGUACUUCCUAUUAUAACUUUACUCUGGAAGGGAUCACUAGGCACACACUCCGUCCACAUGGCAGUAGCAGUUGAAGGUGUUUUUAUUCAGGUGGAUCCAUAAUCUACAUAUUCAGAUAUCUAAAAGCAAAUGUUUCAAUUAUGCAGCAUUUUGUUAUCAACAAAAAAAAUACUUUGUACAGUAUUUCUGGUGACUUUAAACUAGAUGGAUAUCUAAAUAUGCAAAAUAUGGACCAACAACUGGCUUGGGUGAUCAAAAAAACUGUCAAGACUAAAGUUUAAAUUUGGAGUGCAAUUGUUAAAUUCUUGAUUAAUCCCUCACCAUAUUUUUGCUAAUGUUUUUGUUAGUGAUUUUAGAAAUGUAUGAAAGAUACUGUGGUCACCUGCUGUAGCUCUGGAAUUCUAUGUGAUAUGUACAGUAUUUAAUGAUUUAAAUUAAGCUUAUAUUUUAUACAGUUUUUCCUUUUUUGGGUAUUUGUUUUAUUUUGUACUUGUCGCUUAUGACUGCUGUUUGUGAAGGAAGUAUGACAUUGAUAAUUUUUGUACCCAUCCCAGCAUCUCAUAGAUGACCACUUGCCUCAGAGAUGCAUUGCGGAGGUUGAGCCGUUACAGUCCAAUACCCGUCUGUCCCACUAACUCACUUCAUAGUCUGUGUAUAUUUGUAUGAUAGAGUGAGAGACUUUAUUUUAUACAGCAAUGCUUCAGCAGUGUUUUAGUCCUAUUGUAUGUCUCUUAUCUCUGUUGGGGAAAAUGCACUGGCUCGCACAUCCUCCAUCUGCUGUCACAGCCAGUGAACCUUUUAGUCAAUGAGUGGAAAAAGUGAUUUCUUUAGACUGAAUACCUUUGAACAUACAAACCGCUUCUCUCAUUGGCUUAUAGGUACAGCACAUCUUCAGAUAUACGCAGUCACAUCUGUGGUAUAGCCUGGGAUCACAAUCUUCCGUCUGCUUGGCACUUUGCACAAGGGCCACAUCAACAUUUAAAAACAACUAAGUGAUGUGCUAACAGAGCUAAGAAGACAUACUGCUGUCGCUCAAUUGAAAAUAUUGUAUAUUUUGUCAGCUGACAAAUGGGUGACGUCUCUUUGCCGGUAUAUUCUUCACAGACAUUUAAGAGAGAUUAGCACUUUAAUUUUAAGACCUACUUUUUCUUUCCAUCUUUGCGGUGAACUACAAUGUUCAACAUGGUGCCAGUGCAGAUACUUCCUGUACUUUAGCACGUUUUUAUUGGGUAAAUGAAAUGUUUUGUCAAAGGUCAUUUGGCAGAUACAAAAAAGAUGUAAUGUACAAUUCAAGCUGUAUUGCUAAUGAAUUUUCAGUUGCAUUUAAUCUACCAUGGGAUAGUAAAAGAUUGCUUUGUCAAUUGUUUUCUACACAUUAAUGUAUCUUCUCUUUAAAAAGAAACAUGGGUCCACAAAGAAUUAAUUUCCUCUUUACAGUGGAACAAUUUGUCUUCAGCUUUGAGGCUUAUCUUGUCAUUUAUCUAAUGAUGUGUAGUUUGGGUCAGACUGAAUAAGAGCCAAGUAAAUUUGUUAUUUCUAUAACCAGACAUCACCUCACUGUAUAGAUGAGAAUGACAUUUCCAUUGAUGUGUGAAGUUUACUGAUCCGAUCAACAGCUAUACAUUUGGUAAUUGUUUCAGGCCUUAAUAGAUCUUUUUGGUCAUGUAAAAGCAACAACUAUUUAUAUCCCUGUGCAGGGGCCUCUUUGAAAUGUGUUACAUGUAAAAAAAAUUAUAAUUGAUGUCUUAAAAAUGUGAAAUGUAUCCAUAUUUAUAAAUGCCUUUAUUCCGUUGUACAUUGUUAAUAAUACCUUCAUAAAACAUA